CUAGCCCUCGCGCCCACAAUACCUUAGCAUAUUCCAUGUCGCAUCUUUUAUACAGCUUAAAUAUAUGAUCAACAAUCUGCAAUCACAGCGCGCUUUGUUGAACACCGAGCUCAAAUAUUAUGACACAAUGGACAAGAGAAAGGCGUCGCAUGCGUUCUUCUUGACUUUUCGCUCGUGGAAUAUGGUUUGUCUUCCACAGCGAUGCCACUCUCUGCUAUUGUAUUCGCACACGCUCGGGAGUUUUCGACGGAUGUCUAAACCAUACCUCAGAUGUCGAUCUGCAUCAUCUCACAAGCGUCUACUGUCCUCUAAAUGUGGUGAUCGGCCAGGUACAGUCGUGUCGACUGCGGAACUCCUGGAUGUCAAAAUCAGAAAGGCGCUGCCGCCGGGAAACCCGUAUAAUUGCUUUGACGAAGCCCUCAUGAAAUUGCACCCAAAGCUAGAGAUCUCCGCGUUUCUGAGUAUUCUUGGGAAUCAUAUGGAUGAUGUGAUUCAAAAAUCCAUCAGGAAAGAAUAUUGUGAUUCCGAUACAUUCAAACUUCUGAUGCGCUCCAUGCCCCAUCCUACUGUGCUUGUCGCGGCUCUGUCCGACGAGCAUACGAAGCGAGACGAUUCGCGUCAGAAUUCAGAUUCUCAUCUCUCCACCCCAACCAUGCAUUUCCGUGGUGCGGUCAUUUCGUCCAUGACUUCUGUUUGUAUAGGGCCGCCAGCCAUUUUAUCCUUCAAUUUCAAAGAGCCAUCAUCAACCCUUGCUGGCAUACGGGCUAACCGGUUUUUUACGAUUCAUUUCCUUAGAGCCAACGUGCAUGGCGCAGAACUUGCCAGACAAUUUUUAAGGCAUCUAGGUGACCACGAUGCUGCAUGGAGAGGUGUGGCCGGAUCUCACAAAACUGAAGUUUUGAAGCGGGUCGACUGGAGAGCGAAGACAUUCUAUGCACCUCCUGUACCCAUGGCACCUAUUAUCAGGGGUCCGGGUGUGGCUUCUCGUCUAGUUUGCGAAAUAUUGCCAGAAAAAUGUGUAUCGGAUGUUGGCGACCAUUCCAUAAUCGUUGCGAAGGUUGUGUCUGCUCCAUCAGUUGAAAAGGAUCUUGAAGAUGAACAGAGGUCUUACGAUGGCUUUGCACCUCUCUUGCUUUACUCUCAGGGCGAGUUUAGGGAGCAUGGCGCGAUCCUGCAAGCUCCAGAACAAGGCAAUCAGGCUCAUGGCAGCCUUGAACAAGUGUCGACAAGGGAACAACAUGAGAGCUUAGACCUGGGACUAAAUACAAUUGACUCUGAUGAUCCGAUUCUAUACCGUGCUGCAAUCAGUUAUAUGGACAGUGUUCUUGAUUCUUACAAGGAUAGUGAACAUUAUGAGAGUCUACGCGCAUUUCACUAUAAAGCAAUGAGCAGCUUUGAUAAAAGAGCAACCUUCAUCGGUGCCUUAAAGCUUUGGCAAUUUCAGCAGUCUAUGGAGCGAGGAGAUGACAUCAGCAACUUUCAUAUUAGAGAUAUUGUAUCUGGUUCGCAGGAUGUUCUUGAGGCUUUGGAUGAGGAUCCUGGUUUACGUGCUGCUGCAGAGGAGCUGGUUAGGUCUGCUACAUCUAAAACUGGUAGUCCUUUGGUGGAGACGGGUGUAUAAUUAUAUUUUUAUAUAGCGAACUCAGCAACUACUCCUAUGUACAAUGUGAGGAACGGAAGAGGAACAUACGCACGGUACAGCUGCGCUCAGGCCGCGGGUCAUAUGCUCCAGGGGGAAGCAAUAUUUAAGCUAUAUAUAGUAUUUACCUUAAUUUUACUCUUU